AUGUCCGCGACAGUGGUGAACGCGGGCAAAUACACGCUACACGUGCGCUGUGUAGCUGGCGUUGAGUCUUGCUGCUAUGUGGAUUCCAUCGAUAUAGCGUUCGAUCUAGGUUGUAUCAUCGGGCGUGUGGUAAAUAAAUCGAACAUAUUUAUCACGCAUGGUCAUGUCGACCAUAUCGGCGCGGUAGUAGCGCACGCCGCACGAAGAUCGUUGCAGAAGCAAAAAGCUGCUAGCUACUUUGUUCCAGCUUACCUCGUAGCGCAUUUAGAAGACAUGCUUAAUAAUAUGGCUGUCAUGCAAGGUGACAUACCUUUUCCAGCCAAAUUUGUUCCUCUCCAGGCUUUUGACGAGGUAAACAUAUCCUCCAAGUACAUGGUACGAGCAGUGCCUACAAAACAUCGCGUACCAAGCCUAGGCUAUAUUCUGUACGAGAGAAAAAGCUGCCUCAAGCCAGAGCUUCGGCACAUGUUUGGUGACACUACCAUUGAGGUGUUUACAACGGCAUUAAAUGACAACCGAUCGAAGGACUUAUUGCAAGUAAAAAUACUCAUCACCGAGGCCACGUACGUUGACUCCAAGAUGAAUAUUGAAGACGCAGCAGCUCGCGGUCACAUACACCUCGACCAGCUUGCUGCUCACGAAAACCUAUUUCAGGAUGUGGGCAUUCUCGUGCUUGUACACUUUUCUGCUCGGUACUGCGCUGAAGAGUUACACCAAUGUAUUCGGACGCGUUUUCCAGUGUCGCUUCAACAGAAGACGUUCCUUGGGUGCCAAGACAGUCACGUGCAUACGGCUCAAUCGCAAAAUUAG